CCUCCAUCCUGCACGCCAUGGAGCUGCUCCCCGCCCAGCCUGAGGAGCUUGUAGGAAAGUGGCACAUUCUGCUUUGGAUGGGGAGCCCCAUAAUUCCUGGCCUUAUGAUGACCAGCCCCCCGCCACCACAAAUGACCCACUCUCUGCCGCCCUUUUGGAUGGAGCUCUCCAAAGAAGGCAUGAUGAUCAAGGUAAAACUCAGGCAGCCCUCCGGCGACUGUGAGGAGAUGCAGACCACACUGUGGAAAACAGACGACCCCACCAAGUUCAUGGCCGAGAAGCAGCAGGCGAUCCACAUUUGGGCCAUGAAGAUGAAGAUGUACUACAUCAUGCACACCCAGGAGAAGAUGAAGGACAAGACCAGGCACAUGAUGAUGCUGAUAGGCCCCACCAUGGAAAAGAAACCAGAGGUGGUGAAGAUGUUCGAGGAGUUUGUGGAGAGUAAAGGACUGGACAAAGCCAGGGUCAUGGCCCCUUCUCACACUGCCCCUCCGGAUCCUUGCAUGGCCCACCAUCACUGAGGCUGUCGCCAAAGCCCGUCUGUGUCUGGGACCUUAGCCAUCGGCUGCUGAUCCCAGCCAGCCACCGGAGCAUCUGCACCCUGCCUGACAGAGCUGCCCCUGCGGGUUCCUGCCCCCUGGACUAGUUCCCUGACUCCAAAUAAAUGC